AUGUCGCCCGCGGCGGCUCUCCGCUCCUCUGGCGCGUCGCAGCUUGCGGGGCUCGGGUCCGCGUGCUCCGCGCACGGCGCUCGGCGGAGAAAAGCGGCGCACCGCGCCGAGACGAGCGAGGUGCGUGCUUGCAGCGGCAAUGCCGCAAGGCGACUGCCGAUUUGGUUACUCACUGCUCGGAACCGCAGCCAGACGCUGCGCAUGGCCAACAACCCGUUGAACUUGCGCCUUCUCGCAAAGCACCGCGGCGAUGCAGCGACGCGCAACGCGCAGCCGCUCUUCGCCUGGCCGCGGAGCUGGCGGAACGCAGGGCCGCGCGCGCCGGGCAGAUGCUCUCCGUCACGGGCCAACCAGGGCCGCACCUGCGAGCGCUGCGAUGUUUGCUUGACUGGUGACGCGCGCAUUGCGCUCCCACGCGUCCUCCAGCUCCGCCCCCCUGCCCCCGUGCCCCCUUCCCCCGUGCCCCCUUUGCCCCCUUCCCCUGUGCCAUCUUUGCUCCCUCCGCCCCGACCCUCGCCGCCCUUCGCUUCCCUGUGUGCGCAGCAGCAGGCGUCACGAGUGUGGGUGGGAAGGAAUGUGCUGCUGCUCCGGGAAAAGUCGAAGCGUGCAAGCUUGUGUGGAGUGGAGUGCUUGCACUUGCCUGCCUGGCGCAGCUGGAAGCUUCCACGAAGCAAGGCUCGGGCGAGGGCCUACGUGGCAGCUGAGGAGUGGGCGAGCAGCAGCGGGCAGGGGGGAUGGUCGUGGGAGAAUGGGUGGUGUGGGGCGGCCACGAGCAAGCGUGGAAGAGCCCACACCCCCUCCCCCACCCAUUCAUUGCCCGCUGCCCCCCAUUGUCCCCCGUCAUCCCCUCUUGUCCCCCUGACCACCCCUCGCCGCUUCUCCCCGUUCCUCCCUGCCCCUUCCCUCCCCGUCCCUCACCUCCCCUCCCCCCAUCUCACCGCCCCUCACCGACCUUCACCCCCGUGCCGGCAGCUAGCGGGCGUGCUGGUGUUGUCAGCCGUGCCCUUCGUGGGUGUGAAGGCGCUCGCCAACAGCGGGCUGGGCGGGCAGCUCAGUCAGCGCCUGCAGCAGCGCCUGCCCGAGCUGCGACGGGCGGCGGAUCGGGUGGAGAUGCAACGGGAGGAGGCGCGAGAACAGAGGUGGGUCAGUGCGUGGCAGCAGGAGCUGUGGCAGAGUCCAUGGUAUGGUGCUGCACGCCCGCGCUGGCUGGACCCCGUGCCCUUCACCUACCCGCCCUACCUGGACGGCCGGGUGGCGGGCGACUUUGCAUUCGACCCCGCUGGCCUCGCCCGCGACCCCGCUGCCUUCCAACGCUUCUACAACCUUGAGAUCCUGCAUGCGAGGUGGGCCAUGCUGGGCGCGCUGGGAGUGGUGGUGCCGGAGGCACUGCAGCGCUACAGCGACACGGCCUUCUUAGAGGCCGUGUGGUGGCGCGUGGGGGCCGCCAAGCUGGCGGGGGACGACCUGGACUACCUGGGCGUGGCGGGGCUGCACCUUGCAGGGGGUCAGGGCGUGGUCGUUAUAGCCAUCGCACAAUUCCUGCUCAUGCUAGGCCCAGAGUACGCGCGCUACACGGGCAUAGCAGCAUUGGAGCCGCUGGGGGUGUUCCUGCCGGGCAACAUCAACCACCCGGGCGGGUGGCUCUUCGACCCGCUGGGGCUGGCCAACGAUGCAGAGCGGUUUGAAGACUUGAAGGUGCGAGAGAUCAAGAACGGGCGGCUGGCAAUGAUGGCGUGGGUGGGCUUUGCCGCCCAGGCAGCGGUGACAGGGCAGGGUGUGUUGGACGACUGGGAGGCCUUCCUGGCCGACCCCCUGCGCAACAACGCCAUUGCCUUCGCCCUGCAUUCUUCACACUAG